GUGGGAAGGACGGGGAUGGGGAGCCUGAACUCCAAGGAUGGGUCUGCAGCGGCGGGAGACAUCCAGCGAGGAGCUCUGGCCCCAAGGCUGGACCAGCGCCGAGCCGGUUCCACACAGCUCGGAGCGCCGCCCCCGCAGCCCAUUCCCCGGCCCCAGCUGGAGAGGGAGGAGCUUCCGAAGCGAAAGAGAAAGCAGGCCUGCGGUGCCCGGAGACCGCCCUCCUCCGAACCCAUGAAGCCGGCGGGGCUGCAGUGGCUCUGGCUUUUCUGGGGCUGCAGCUGCUCCCUCGGCUCGGCUCCCCCCGGGCUCCCCAGGGGAGCCCUCCCAGGCGCUGCAGCUGCCGCGAACAGCAGCCGCUCCCGCCUCGACUCCCCAGAGCGCAGCGAGAAGCGCUCUGCAGCCUUCCGGGAAAGUCUUAAAAGACAUCGCUACUUGAAUUCAUUUUCAUCCAGGGCCAAUACUUCUGCCAUCUAUGGAAUAAAUCAGUUUUCUCAUUUGUUUCCUGAAGAAUUUAGAGCUAUCUAUUUGAGAAGCAAACCCUCCCAACUUCCAUUAUAUCAUAAAGAACUAAAGAUGCCAGCCACACAUAUGCCUCUGCCAAUAAGAUUCGACUGGAGAGAUAAAAAUGUUGUAACAAAAGUAAGAAAUCAACAGAUGUGUGGAGGAUGUUGGGCCUUUAGUGUCGUGGGUGGAAUCGAAUCUGCCUAUGCAAUCAAAGGGGAAUCAUUGGAAGACUUAAGUGUCCAACAAGUCAUUGACUGUUCGUAUAAUAAUUUUGGCUGCAGUGGUGGGUCUACUGUUAAUGCCUUAAACUGGCUAAAUAAGACUCAGGUAAGAUUGGUGAGAGAUUCAGAAUAUUCUUUUAAAGCUCAAACUGGAUUAUGUCAUUACUUUUCUGGAUCACAUGCGGGUGUUUCCAUCAAAGGUUACUCUUCUUAUGACUUCAGUGAUAAAGAGGAUGAAAUGGCCAAAGUACUCCUUGCCUAUGGCCCCUUAGCUGUGAUAGUGGAUGCAAUAAGUUGGCAGGAUUAUCUCGGAGGAAUAAUCCAGCAUCACUGUUCCAGUGGAGAAGCCAAUCAUGCCGUUCUCAUAACUGGUUUUGACAAAACAGGAAAUACUCCUUAUUGGAUAGUACGGAACUCAUGGGGUACUUCCUGGGGAGUAGAUGGUUAUGCCUUUGUUAAAAUGGGAGCUAAUAUUUGUGGUAUUGCAGAUUCAGUAUCUGCAGUGUUUGUGUGAUACAUGGAAGAAACACAAAAAUGAAAUCCUCACUACUGAACAUUUUUGUCUUCAGAAACUCUCAAGUCCUGUUACUCAGCUACACAGGGACUAAGAGAAACUAGUUUUUCAAAGCCGUGGUCAUUGACUGAGUGUCUUUGUAAAUACCAGGCCUGCUGAAGUCAAGGGGAAAACACCAGGUCGAUGUUCUACCUGCUGCAGUUUGUGGGAGGUUAAACUAUGUGGACUUGCAACAUAUAGAUUCUGUGAAUCAAUUCAUUCAGUUCAACAAAUCAUUAUUUUGUGGCUUCAGCAUGCAAGUCCAAGUAUUAAGCAUUAGUUACAGAGAUGAAGAAAGUCCAACAAGAUAGAAAUAUGAUGAGAAAUGGGCUGUGAUAAGGAUGUAGGAACAUCAAUGGCAGUGUUUUAAGAUUCAAAGAGAGAUAAAAUGAGGGAGUUAGAUCUUUCAAUCUUUUCUUGCUCUGACAUUCUUUGACCCUGUGAAGUCUUGGGCUUUCCCUUUGUGAUGUCCUUCUUCCAUAGGGUCAUUGGUAGAUCAUUUGUACCUGCUAUUUUGUCAUUGUCCUUCUCAUCCAGUAAUUAGUUUUUCAUGAGUCUGUUAGCUGACUGAGCUAUACUAAUUUUAAUUUGAAAUAGUAGUAUUUCCUGGUAGUGCUGUGAGAGCAGAGUCUUCUCUCACUGACACCUGAGCUAGUCCAUGCUUAAUUCCUUAUCUUCCUUUGGGAAAAGAAAAGGAAAAAAGUCUUAUCUCUUUUAAAGUGCCCUAAGUAUUUUUCUAUAAAUCCCUAUCAGUCUUUAAUAUAAGAGAACUUUCAACAUGAAACUUUCUAAAUAGCAAUAACUUUCAAACAGAGACAUUUCAUCCUUUCUUCUUUUUGCAUCCUUAGAAUGUUUUUUCUUCCCUUAAUCUAAAUCAUCAGGGUUCGGCAGUCCUUCUUUUCUUGCAUUAGCCAAAAGUGGCCUUGGAAGAAUAUGUUUGUUUAUUGGUAUACUCUCAAGAAUCAGCCAGGAGAAUUAUUAGUCUUGGGAAAUGAUGAAUUGUGAAAAAUAAUUGGGGUUUGGACUGUUAGCCAAGAGAUGGGUUUUAAACCUGCCAAUAAUAAACUGUGACUUGACAUAAUUAUCCCAGUUUUCUCUAUAUAGAAGAAUUUGCAUAAGCUCAGGAAUCUCCAGAGUAGACUAAGGGGACUGUUGUAUAACGUUGUUAUUAACUCAGUGAGAUUAACUCAGUACUGAUUAACUCAGUAGAGGGUGGGAUUAUAGUUGCCAAUCUAGAUUCUCUACUUUUCCCCCCAACUCCCUCUAUUCUUAUCCCUUGUCCUCUAAAUAAACUUGGGCCAGGGGAAGGCAUCCCUCAGCCUUUGACUCUUUGCUUCAAAUACCAGCCAAUGAAUAAGAGCCUACCACUACCAGUAUCCCUUUCAUUUUCAGUGGAUUGCCGAGUCACACAGGAUGAGCAGCCAUUUUUGGUGCACUGGAAAUCGUAUUUCAUCAAUUCUUCUUUUCAGCCAAUGAAUAUGACCCUACCACUACCAGUAUCCCUUUCAUUUUCAGUGAAUUGCCGAGUCACAUAGGAUGAGCAGGCAUUUUUGGUGCACUGGAAAUCAUAUUUCAUUAGUUCUUCCUUCUAGCCAAAUCCACUCCUUUUUUGAAGUUCUCUUGCUAUCAAAAGCACCACCAUCUUUCCUGUAGAUUUGCAACUUUGGUGUCUCAUUCCAUUUGUUACUCUUAUUUCUUCCAACUAGCUACCAAAUCAUGUCUCUUCUACCUCUAUGAUCUCUCUUGCAUUUCUUCCCCUCUCUCUACUUAACAUAGCUAACAUAGCUACCACCUAAGUUCAGACCAUCAUUACCUCUUGCCUGGACUCUUUACAAUAGAUUCCUAAUAAAUCUCCCUGCUUCAAGUCUUUCUCUUCUAUAGAGUUGCAAAAGUGGCAUAGCUCUCACCUCCCUAGUAAAUUCCAUUGGUUUCCUGUUGACUGCAGAAUCAGUUUUUCAAAAAAAAUCUUUAUCUCAUACUUUAAAAAUUUCUACUUUUGUAUAAGUUUUAUGUAUACAUAAUUACUACAGCAGUAUACAUAUUGGGGGUUUGUGCUCAAUUUUUUAUACUAAAAGAGAAAAACUAUCCAAAAAGUUUGGACUAGAUAUCUCCAAGCACUCUUAGACCUCUAAAAUUCAGGGGUUCUUUAGUAGAAAUCCUUUACAAUUCAGGUAAACCAGGAAAACAUUUCUUGAUUCAGCACAGCACACAUGUAUUAUAAUAUACAACUGAUUUGUUAAUGUUUUGUUAUUGUUGCUUCUUUUUUAUUUUUAUGGGCAUUUAUAAAGUUCUGGAUUUUUAAAAUUUUGGAGAUAAUAAUUUUUAAGUAAGGAACUACUUGGGAAUUUUUUUGGAUUCACAGUUUUGAUUAUCUUUGUAAUAAAGGUUAAAAUAUGAUAA